AUGUAUAUUACAUAUUUUGCUAGAAAUGGGUUUAAUAAACAAUUUUCAAAAGUUAGCUUUUUGAUUUUUCAUUAUUUAAAACCCAAAUUCAUUUCUGUAAUUUAUUGUCCAAUGCUUAUAUUCUUCCUUGCUAUUACAGCUCAUUCUCAGUGUCAAAAA